CCGGCGGAAGGACACGCGCUCCGGUCCCGGGAGGUGGCCUUGGCCCGUAGGCGUGGACCCCACGGUUCCUGCGCCUCCGGGCGCCCCCACCCCACCCUCCCGUAAUGGAGUCCGCGGGGAGCGCCCGGGACCGGGUCCCCAGGAUUGAUCCGUACGGGUUUGAAAGGCCCGAAGACUUCGAUUAUGCAGCUUAUGAAGAGUUUUUUUCCACCUACCUGGUGAUACUCACUAGAAGAGCCAUAAAAUGGUCUAAACUUCUGAAGGGGAGUAGUCGUGUUCAGAGGAGUGGGACAGGUUUUGCCUGGGAUGCCGCCUCCAGGAGGCCCUCCCAAGCUCCUGUCUGGGAUGGCAGGUCCUUCCUGUUACACCCACACAGUCCUGCCCGGUCCGUCCUGCUUCUGUUGCCUUCUGGCUGUGUAACUGGUGCCUAUCUGGUUUGCUGCAUCCCUGCUGGAAUCAAGCCCCCUCCCUGCAGCGGGGUGUGUCCCGUCCUUCCCUUUGAACGAGGUGAGCCCACUGAUUGACGGUCUGCACCGCCUACCGAAGCCACACUCCGUGUCCCGUGUCUGUUUUCCAGCAUCUGUUCUCUCCAGGUUGAGCAGGACUGAGAGCAGCCAGAUGCAGAACCUUCCAGAUGCUCGUCCUUCCCGUCUUUUUAGUUCUCUUAUUUUGGCUCAAAUGUUUUGUCUUGUUUUUGCUUCUGUUUUUUUUGAGCACUGGUAUCUGUCAACUUUAAGAAUUUAAGAUGGUUUUAUUGAACUA